UCUGGGCUGCCAACUCCGCACAGCACAAUGCCCUACUGGCUGCAGAAUCCUUCGUAUGUCCUCUUGGGCCGUCGGUCGACUCCGGAUCUCCCGCCCACCGCAGAUGUCAUCGUCAUUGGCAGCGGAAUCACGGGGGCGUUUGCAGCGAGAGAGCUGGUUGCCAAGGGAAGAUCGGUUUUGAUGCUGGAGGCGAGGGAGGCGUGCUGGGGAGCAACGGGGAGGAACGGAGGGCACUGUCAGCCAUUACUUUAUGCCAGCAAGCCGCACAUUGCGCACUUUGAGCUCGAAACGUAUCAUUUCCUGGAAAAACUUGUUGAGCAAUACGGCAUUCCAUGUGAUUGGAAGCGUGUUGGCGGCGUUCAUGCGUUGCCUACAGACGAAUUGGUCGAUCUUGCAGCAAAGGUCAUUGCCAACCUCAAUGCCUCCCACCCUCAGCUGAAGGACUGCGCAAAGCUCUACACGGACCCAGAAAGCAUUGCCGAGUUUAGAGUGCAGCCGGAACAUGCUCGCGGAGUGGUGCACCAGCCCUUUGCGGCGAAGCUAUGGCCGUAUAAGCUUGUUACUUGGGUCUUGGAGGCGCUUUUUACGAAGCAGCCGCCCGAGGUGUUUAACUUGCAGACUACCACGCCGGUGACGCAUUUGCAGCAGGUGGAGGACUCGAGCAACAAGUGGGUUGUUCAUACGCCGAGAGGGCAGGUGGUUGCGAAUGAGGUGCUUCUUGCUACGAAUGCGUAUACGUCGCAUCUGCUGCCUGAGAUGAGCAAGUUGGUCGUGCCGGUGAGGGGCCAGGUUGCUGCUCUGGAGCCGCCGGAUGGGGAUGUGGCACUGGAGCAUAGCCAUGUUUGGUUGGCGGAGAAGAGUGACAAUUACUUGGUCCAGAGGAAUGAUGAGCUGCAAAUGAUUGUGGUGGGCGGUGAGAGAGUGAAUGUGCCUGGAGGGGGGGAAGGGAUAUGGAAGGAUGAUAGUAUUGAUGAGGAGCUGGCUGAACGAUUGCGCCGGAGCCUUCGUUCUGCGUUGAAGCUGCGGCCCGAGGGCGAGGAGGAAGAGGAAGAGUUGAGGGCACGAUAUCAGUGGACUGGGAUCAUGGGCUACACGACGGAUGGCUACCCGUUUGUGGGUAAAGUGCCCGAGGAGCUCGGCGGCGGAAGAGGAGGCCUGUGGCUCUGCGGUGGGUAUAACGGCCAUGGGAUGCCGGUGGCGGCGAGGUGCGCGGUGGCAAUCUCGGAGAUGAUGCUGGGACGGGGAGAGGAUGAGAGGACGGUGAAGGUGCCGGAGGAGUUUGUGUUGACUGCGGAGAGGGCGGAGAGGGCGAGGGGA